GUUUGUCAGUUAGACGCGCGUCGUGGCGUAAAGCGGUCACCAUGUUCGCGACAGUGGGUCUUAGUGUGGCGAUACUCGCCGUUUGGCUAUAUCUCGGCCUCUUGCAAACAGUUCUAGUUUCCUUAUUCCUUGGUGGUGUUUAUCUUUUAUUAUUCCAUUGGAAAUGGUGCUAUGUGUCUAUGAUUACCGCACCACGAGAUCUCAGGGCCCUCUGGUGCUACGUCAAGAUUUUAUGGACUGCGAAAAAGUUUUCCAGCAAAAACUGGACUCUGCCAGAUAUAUUUCAUUAUACAGUACUGAAGCAUCCUGAUAAGCCAUGCUUUUUAUUCCAAGAUGAAGUUUGGACUUUUAGAGAGGUGGAAGAUUUUAGUUUACGAGUCACGGCUGUUCUAAAAAAGUAUGGUGUAAAGAAGGGCGACAUCGUUGGUUUGCUGGUAAACAACUGUCCUCAAAUGCCCGCGCUGUGGCUCGGCAACGCCAGGCUAGGCGGUAUUACGCCACUGAUCAACACCAACCAACGAGGCAACGCGCUAAUACACUCGAUUAACGUUGCUAAAUGCGAUGUCCUUAUAUUUUCGAGUGAAUAUCAAUCAGCAAUCCAAGAUAUAUCUAGUCAGUUGGAUCCUGCAUUGAAAUUGUUUAAAUUUUCGCAUCGACGAUUGAACACUAAUAAUAAGGAAGUAAACGCGAGUGGUGAUGGAAUAGAAGAUUUGACUUCUUUAUUGGAGGUUACUCCUCCUGCACCCUGGACUCUAGCUGACGCUGACGGGUUCCUAGGGAAACUACUGUACAUCUACACUUCCGGCACAACUGGUCUUCCUAAAGCGGCAGUUAUUUCAAAUUCUAGAUAUGUGUUUAUGGUAUGUGGGCUCCAUAACUUAAGUCUCAAUAAAUCCGAUACAGUGUAUUGUCCGCUACCUCUGUACCACACAGCCGGUGGAGUGGUCAGUGUGGGGCAGGCUUUAGUAUUUGGAUGCACAGUUGUACUGAAGACGAAGUUUUCAGCCUCACAAUAUUUCCCAGACUGCGCUAAGUACAAAGCAACGGCCGCUCACUACAUCGGCGAGAUGUGUCGCUACGUGCUCGCUACGCCGCCGUCCCCCGCGGACAAGCAACACAACGUGAGAGUCAUAUUCGGCAAUGGAUUAAGGCCACAGAUCUGGACGGAAUUCGUUACGCGCUUUAACAUAAAGAAUGUCACCGAGUUCUACGGAGCAACAGAAGGAAAUGCUAAUAUUGCGAACACUGACGGCACUCCUGGAGCAGUUGGUUUCUUAUCGCGAUCCUUCCCGAAAAUUUAUCCCAUUGCUAUCAUCAAAGUGGACGAAGUGACCGGAGAGCCUAUUAGAGAUUCACGUGGACUGUGUCAGAUCGCUGAGGCGGGCGAGCCGGGAGUGUUCGUGGGCAAGAUCUCGCCCAACAAUCCCACGCGCGAAUACCUCGGCUACGUGGACAAGGCCGCGUCCGACAAAAAGGUGGUGCGGGAUGUGUUCUCGCCCGGGGACUCCGCUUUCAUCUCCGGGGAUAUUUUAGUAUCAGACGAGCUAGGUUAUCUGUACUUCCGAGACCGCACGGGCGACACGUUCCGGUGGCGCGGCGAGAAUGUCAGCACGAGUGAAGUAGAGGCCGCCAUUUCAGGAGUCGCAGACCAGAGAGACGCUGUUGUCUAUGGUGUUUUGGUGCCUAACACCGAGGGCCGCGCGGGGAUGUGCGGCAUCGUGGACGCGGACGGCUCGCUGGACCUCGGGCGGCUGGCGCGCGACCUGCAGAGGGACCUGCCGCCCUACGCGCGCCCCGUCUUCCUGCGCGUCAUGGGCAGCGUCGACAUGACCGGUACAUUUAAAAUGAAGAAAACCGACUUGCAAAAGGAAGGCUUCGAUCCGAGCCUAGUGAAGGGAGACAAACUGUAUUACUUGGACUUAAAACAAUCAAAGUAUUUGCCACUAGGUCCUGAGGAGUAUGAGAAGAUUUUAAAAGGAAUUAUUAGACUGUGAUUUAAAAUAUGCACUGAUUUUUUAAAAAUAUUGAUGUUACGCGGUGUAAAUGUUUACUGUAGUUUAGAAAAUAUCCAAAUUGUUGCUUAUUCUUAGCGUUUGUAUACCAAUGGGUUUAUUGUCAUAUGCGCAGUAAACGUAUAUACAUAGCAGUAGCUGCGGAAUAUUUUUGUGUUACAUGUAACUACUUAUUGACUGACAAUAAGCCAGUUGGUUAAUUUAUGUUGUUAAUAUUGAUCUGGCACAUUGCGUGUUUAAAAGACUCAAAUAAUAUUAGAUCUGAUUUAUAUGAAAUUACAAAUGUAAUUUUUUUUUGUUAUUAAUAAUAAAAUUUAUGAUUUUGUCGUAAACAAUAUUUAGGAAAAUAUGUUUUAUUUCAAUAUUAUUGUAUGUAACUGUUUAUAUAUUAAAUCUUUUUAUCUCUAUCACUUAUAAAACUAUAUGUAAAUCCUUUCAUAUAUUAUUAAACGCACAUUAAGAAAGAUUUGCUUUGGAAUCCCUUUAAUAUAUUUUCUAAAAGAGAAUUUGAUCUAUUUACUGCGUAUUUUUAUUAUAAUGGUUCUAAUAUAAAAAAACACUGUUUUGUACCUUAAUAUGAAUAAACUUCGAUUUCCUAUCAGUAUAUAUAAUAUAUCUUAUUUUCUGAUUUAUAUAACCAACUUUUUAAGUAUUAAACACACACAAAAUUAAAUAUCGAAUAAUUCUCGAAUGAACAAUUGUUAAGAAAAAAGACUAUUUUCGUAUUAAGUAAAUUAAAUAAAAAUAUAUAUAUUAACGUUGGUAAAUCAUCCAACAAACGUUUAAAAUUUGAUUCAUAAAAUCGAACGCGAUUGUAUUUUAAGAAGCGAUUAUAUUGUGACAAUAUUGUUUUUGCUAUUGUAUUUCUUACGCCUUCCAUUCUUGGCUACCCUGCUUCCAACUGGCGGACAUUCAAUGUUAUUUCUAUACAAAUUAACAUUUAAACAUUUCUAUAUAUACUUUAGGUUGAUAAUUAUGAUAUAUUUGUUAUGUAUUCUAGAUAAAACCUAUAUACUCGUAAAAUAAAUAAAUUGUGACACUUAGUGAUGAAAUUUGUGAAGAAACUUAAUUAAGUGAACUCAAUUCAAUAUUGUGUAUCGACGUGUGUAAUGAUUAAAACAUUUGAUUUACGAACUUUGUACUUAAGCUAGAUAAACGGGUUAAAAGGGAACGGUAUCGGCUCUUGAAUAUAUUUGAAUAUUAUGUAUUUUGUAUAUUUGCUCUAUUGAUGAUAUUUGAGUAAACAAAUGUUGAUGUAAAUAAAAUUAUAUGUUUGGUAUAAGUUGAUCAGUUUUUGUUACAAUGUUCAUGUUUUAAUUCUUGAUUAAUUGUUGUUUUUUUUAAAUGUUAUUAUUGAAUUUACUUGCCCCUGUUUGUAUGCAAGUUAUGCUGUGUCAAUUUGUAAACGUUAUCGACUUUGUAAUCUCAUUCCAGUCUCAAUGUGAAAGACUGAAGUGAUAUACAUCAUCUGUUAUUAUUUUACAAAUAAAGAGUAAAUAUCGGUAAUGGGUAAUGUCGUUAAAUGCCUAAUGAUUAAAAAAUUGAUUUUUAA